CGCGUUCACUCUCUCCACAACUGCGCCGUCAGUGGCAGCGUGGCCCGUGAGCGCGUCGGGUCGCCAGCGGUGGCGCGUGGAUUCAAGCGGCCCAGCGUCUCUGUUGCCGAGCGUCCGCGGCUUUCCUCUCUCGCCGAGCAAAAGAAGAGCGCCUCCGAAGUCGCCGCCGCGUGGUGGUUCCUCGCGAUGCGCGGGCUUCUCCUCCCGGCGUCCGGAGGGUAGAAGAUGCUGCGGGCACGUGACCGUCUUGAAUGUGCGUGCAAUGGCAACCCGCUCGCCGGCUGCUCAAGUGCGGCGACGUCGCUCGGGAUUAACUUUGCCGUCGCUGCGUGCGUCACCGAGGUGCCGUAGCGCGCUCUCUUGGAUUUCGCGCCUAAUUGUCGCCGUGGGCUUCCUCGCCGUGGGCGUGGCGUCGUCGGCCCACCUUCCCCUGCUGUCGGGCACCCUGAAGACGUUUCAAAAGUUCGCCUGCGACGGCCAGGAGCUGCAGCUGCGCUGUUUUCGCAACACUAGCAUAUCCAUCUCAGUGGCCCAGUACGGACGCUCGGUGCCCUACCACAUGCUUUGCCCACCGCCGUCGCAAGAGGAGGAGGGCGCUGAGAACGCCAAGCCGGCACAAGAAUACAACGGCAGCGUCGAGUGCAUCGCCAAGGAAGCGCUCAAGGUGGUGGAGGCCGCAUGCCGAGAGAAGCGAGAGUGCAUGGUGAGGACUGACGUCAAGUCGUUCAUGGUGGACCCUUGCCCUGGGGUGUACAAGUACGCCGAGGUCGCCUACAAGUGCCGCCCCACCACCUUCUCGAACCGCAUAGUGUGCGAGAACGACGUGCUCAACCUGCGCUGCCACAAGAACCUGCGCAUCGUGGUCUACUCGGCCAACUUCGGCGGCACCGAGAAAGGCGUGCCCGAGUGCCCACAGAGGCAGGACGUCAAGCUGUCCGUGUGCCAGGUGAGUUACGCGACCGAGACGGUGCUGACGUCGUGCCACGGCCGUCGCAAGUGCACCGUGGCCGCCGACAUGGGAACCUUCGGCAACCCCGGCUGCCAUCGGGACUCGCGGCUGUUUCUCAAGGUUGUCUACACCUGCGCGCCCAAGGAGAUCCUCAAGGACCUCGACAUUGGCGGCACCGACUCGCCCAAGGACAGAAUGGACGAGGAGGAGGAAGGAUACGUGGAAGAGGCGCGCUACCAGCCAUCGACCUUCAGUCCCGAUGGGGGUCCGUAUGCACCGGCCGAGUCUCUGCCUGCCGUGCCGAUGGAUCGCAAUCUGAUACCAGAGCCAGCGAACAAAAACCUGCUGAGGGAUAGGACCGCAGAAGACGACCAGCAUGUCAACUGCACCUUGAAUGGAAGCGGCCACCGAGCCAUUGGCUUCGUCACCGAAUGGGUGGCGGCUUACAAGUUUGUAAAAGCGAACAAAGAGAAGUUCAUCCUGUACGUGCUGCUGAGCCUGGGCUGCGGCGUCGUCGCCUUCCUGGCCGUGCUGUCGGCUCGCCUCUACGUGCGGCGGGGCCGCGACCAGCGCCAGGACGAGGCCAAGUGUUCCGAGCCGUUGUCGAGCUCGUUCGACGAGUGCGACGGCGCAGGCGGGCUGGACCCAGCGGGCGCUGCCGGCUCGGCGACUAGGCACGCGCACACCAUCGAAGUCGUGCGCUACGCCGACAGAUCGGGUGUGCGCCGCCACGACAGCGACACCUACCCACGGGCGCCCGUGUCGCGGUCGACGAAUAGCUACUACUACAGCUAGUGGUAAAAGGGCCGAGGAGGUGUGACUCGUCUUCGCUCUUUUGUUUUUUUUUUGUUUCUUCUAGUUCGCACUCUCGUCACCUCCUCGAGCCAGUAUGCACACUCAGGAACGCGCCGAUGCCAAAAAAAAAAGCGAUGACUUUAGGUAACUCGCACACGUCAGGGCGUGGACGUUUAAUCGUGCUGUUCGUGACACCGCGGUGGUCGUCGUUUGUACAGCACCCCACACUAUCGCUAUACGUUAACAGGCUGUGGAAUUCGGGGUGCGAGGACUACCGAAAACAGCGGAUGCUGUUUUGAUUUGGCCGCGCGAUAGUGUGAAUUGCGCGUGGCCCGCGAAAGAGUAGUUGCGCCACAGCUGAACGUGUGUCGGCGUUGUGACGGCGACAGUUUGUACAGCGUGUAAAAUAACGAAUGACGACAUAACAACAGUGCCUGGGAGUGUGCCAAUUAAUAUGUUUUAGGGUGAGCGAUGUGUGGAGCAUAUCAAAUGUCUUGCUCACUCUGACUUUUCUUGCGCUUUCCGCGAAAAGCUUAAACAGAGUGUGCUAGAAGGAGGUUAAAGUUCGUGCUCGUCCGGAAUUCACCGUGGCGGCGGAAACAAAUCCGGUGCGUUUGCAUCGUUUCAAAAAAAAAAAGCUCUUGCGGCUGACCACAACUAAAGGCGGAUUGCGACAGCGAACCGGUCUAUCAACACGACUAUCGCGGGGAUGCGAGUAGCAGAGCUCUCGCUGGGUAGGUAGUUUCUCAAGUACUGCGAGGUUGUGGCCAUUAACCGACUCGUGAAAAAAAAUAUUUUUCUGAAUUUCCUUCGUAAUCUUUGUUAUCGAGAGGUGAUGUAUUCACUCAAGUACUCGCACAAGAAUCCACAUUUAUUAUUGUACUGUAACGAUGGACCAUGCUUUCGGUAAAACGUUUGAUGUUAAAGUCGCACGACUGAUAUAUUCACACCUUGGGAAGAAUUUCUUACGGAAGUGCCCGUGUUAUCAUUAGAAAAAUCGGUAGUUUCGUUUUCAUGACAUGUGUGUUCACCUUAGCCUCUUAUGGCAGCUUUAGACCGGUUAGGCUUGCUUCAUUAGUGCGAGCGUGUCAAACGUCACAUAAAAACACUGCACUGAGUGCACACAGGCCUAAAGUGGCGAAGAGGCCAAAUUUUGUUCAACACUUAAGGGGCACUAGCAUGUAAUGUUCACCUAGUAUUCCUGAGGAACGCGCAUUGUCGAGUUCACUGCACUACAUGGGAUGGUGUUCCAUAAUUUGUUUUGCACGCGCACAUUCAAGCGUCAAUUACUGUAUACGUAUAUUUCGAACCGAAAUAAUGCAACAGUGAGGCUCUCUAUAGCUUUUCCCUUGAAAAUGCAAGGCUUGAGUGAUGAUUAUAUGUAUUAUUAUGAAGAACAAGCGAGAUAUAUCUGUUUGCAUUAUAUAGACGAUUUAUGGCUAAUUUAUUACACUGGUGUUCGUUCUGUGGCAAACAAUGGGCAAGAGCUACAAAGCCGGCUUCGUUGUACAAAUAUUUAUUGAAGCCAUAGCUCAAAAGAUGUUUGAUCUACUUGGGUAUGUCGUGCACUGAUUUUAUGUACCGUCGUGUGUCUACCCCUUGCGUUGCAGCAAGUUAUACAAAAUCUGCCCCUUACGUUUUGUGGCUCUCCUGUGUAUUUUCACCACUGCACGUGGCUUGAAUACCGAGCUGCAGCGUUGUGCCCUUGACAGGUGCAUAGAUGAAAAGUGGAGAUGUGACUGAUUAGUCUGGGUAGCUUAAGGGAUGAGCAAACUAGGUUGAGAGAACUACGUCAGCAAAACGCACAGAAUGGACCGGAAGAGGCUUACCGCGUGUUCUGAGAGAUAACUACGGUAUGCGAUAUUUAUGUCGGUGGGUUGCCUUGAUGCAAGCGUAGAAACCAGCGUCGCAGAACAGUAGUUUACGGACUCUCACAUUGGGGUUCGCUCACGGUGACUUAAGUCCUGAGGCUGUGAUGUCACGUGCGUGAACUUAAAAGCUCAGAGUAAGGGCAGCCCUAAAUCUGCUCAGACCACACUAACACGUUUUGGAAGUGAUGAAUUUAUUACUCUGUCAUCCAGGGGAUUAACGCUGGUGCUGCUAAAUUUCUGCUUCAUUAAUCUUGCGUGUAAGCGAUCGUGAUCCAGCUCGUCAUGUGCGGGUAAUAUUAUUUCUUGUCGAGUGAGGUGUCCCAGUCAUAAACUAUCAGCAUCAUUUCGACGCCGGUAUGUUCGCACAUUUCUAGGUGUGUUUGGGCACUCUCAAGCAAAUGAUUGUGCGGCUGUACUGCGGGCAAGGGCUGCACGUUAGGCGACUGUUGCAUGAUGGGCACAAGCCUGAACUCUUUACUGUGUCCGAGAGCACGUUGUGUCGCCGACCUGCACCGUUGUUGUUGUGUGUGUCUUGUGUGCAGCGAUGGCUCAAGUUGCUGUAUAAAUUACUGUUGACUCAUUACUGUAAAAUUGUACAGCUCCCUACAGGGCCGGUGUUGUGCUUUUGUCGACUUGUUUGGUCGAAACGAAGAAGUAUCUCUUUUAUUUAAAAAUCGGCGGCUGUUUCCUUUCUGUUUUUUUUUCUUGCCGGCAUGACUUUCCUUAGUGAAAAGCGAGUGCUAAAAGCACGUGCCAUUAUGGUGGAAUAGCGCAGAGAAAUGAAGGGACAAGUAGUCCCGGGGCUCUGACCCAAAGCCGCGAGCCUCUGCUUCCGAAAAUAAUAUUGUUGUGUACUAUUUCUGAACUCCGAUGUCAGUGUUAGCAGGUCGGAGGCCACCACGAAACAGCAAUUGAGUCGCAGAAGUUCUGUUGCCGAAAAUUGUGCGGCGUAAUGCUUUGUCGCGGCCAUUUUUCUCAGUUGGACAGUAACUGUAACGCUUAAACAAGCAUAUUUCUAGCAGGAAAAGCGUUUCACAAUAACAGCUAUGCGUUUGCAGUUCCCCGUCUGCAUAUCCGAAAGCAAUUCGAAGGACAAGGAACUGUUGUGAUGAACUGAACUGGGGAACCGGCAAUGUGAUGCCACUGCUGCGCCACUUUUGCCAGAUGACAGAAUACAUUUUAUAUUCUGAGGCUUAUACGUCAACCGGGUUCGAAAUCUUUUUUCUUUGAACCACAAUAUGUCUAUUAGUAAAAAGAGAAAUUAACGAAGCGCGGUCGUGCAAUUCUAAGGUUGUCUAAGGAGCUUGAACGUCUGCAAGGGCUUCAGCAUUUUGAUAUCAGCCAAAUUUGCAUAUAUUAAUGGAACGUCAUCAGCAAUCAGCACCAGCGUUCUGACAGUCACUGUGUCGGAACGGAACGGAACGAAAGCAAAAACGGAAAAUGAAACAAAACGAUAUUUUAGACCGCAACGAAAACGUAACCAAUACGUUAUUUUUUUAUUUUUGUUUCGAAGUGAAACCGAAAUAUUUUUUAUCGGUUUUCGGUUCAAGGGGAAAGUCGGUAAUCCGAAAAUUGGACGUCAGGCAAUGCCAGAAUUAGCGCGUAUCUCGGAGGUUCUGCAUAAUCACGUAUCUCGGGCAGGGAUAAUGCGAGCGAUAGCCGGUCGAGCACCCCACUAAUCUAAGCUAACUAUUACUGCGCGUUAACUAAGCUGGACUGCGUCGGUCGCGAACGCAGGAUCUACGAAGAUCUCUUCACUCGUCGGGAUCCGUUUCGAGACUGAUCCCAACGAAUUAAAAUUCUUUCCUUCGUGGCUCCGGCGCGCACGGCCGAUGCCGUCCAGCCUAGUUAACGCGCAACAAUAGUUAGCAGUCGUCCAGAACCAACAGUAAUUAGUCAGCCCAUCGGCGCGAGUAUUCAUUCAUAUUUUUUAAAGCCUGUCGCUCAGUGCACUAGCAGAUCGGCACCGUGGCAAAACCCAGGGCUCGCGCACUGAAGAGCUUAUCGUUUCGUUUUCUGCGGGUACAGCAAUUUUUUACUGAAGCUUUAUCGUUCGUUUAUGUUCGUUUAAAUUCGUUUUAUUAGAGCAGCGGUGUCGCAUUUCGGCGAGUACACUCGAUGACGUGCUGCUUCUGAGAUCAUGCUCAGUGCCUUGACUCAAGGCACUGGGCAUGAUGUCGUAAUUCAUAAUUGACUUAUUUAGAAAAAUAAAUGCUUUGCUUGGAAAAUUCUUGCGUGCGAACCAAAACCGUUAUGAACCAUUACGGAUCAUUUCUUUUUUUUUUUUCGUUCCGGAGCAGAACCGUAACGGAGCUUUUUUCAGUGGAACGGAACUAAAGCCAGAAGGAAAAGCAUUUCGUUCUGACACCCUGCUGACUGUGAACCAGCCUUAAUGUGAGCUUUUGGUCUCGCGACGUAGGUAGGGUUAAAUGGAGUGGAGUGGGUUGAAAAAUCGUAAUUCUUACUAAUUGGUUUUAUCUUGUAUACAGAGAAGAAUCUGCGCUUGUGUGGGUGCAAUGCACAGUACAUCGUGAGAAUCUGAGUGCCGACCUGUCGUGAAUGAUAAGAAAGAUCGAAGUUAAGAAAGAAACUGAAGUAAAUGAAAACAGAUCGUCCUGAAAGCAGAAUAAUGCUUCAGCGCGAAUAAGCAAGAGAAAUGGCUCACAGGUGAAGAUUUGAGUUUUGACAACUCUUCUUGUCAAAACUUACACCACAGGUUGAGGCUUCCCUCGUCCAGGUUUCACCAGGUUUGCACCAGGAAUGCACCAGGUUUCAAAAUCCAAACACAGUAAUUGGUAACAAAAAUUGAAGUCUCCCGAUUGUCGCCACACCAAUCGAUAACUAAAUAGACUAUAAGACGCCAUUUCCUUUGAGAAGAGGGGCAUAAACAAACUUCGUGAGAGGUUUCGUUAUUUAUCUUUGGAAGGGGGGAAGGGCUAGUGUAUGAGGGACUAGUUGGUGCGUGGUAUUUAGGAAGAAAACAGCACAAAAAGUGCAACCAAAAAGCGACAAGUAAGAUAAACAGACCCGUUAAGUGGCACGGUUCUCGUUGUAGGCGUGAGAAAAACUAAAUAUCAACGUUUCUAGUCGGCAUGCUUUUCUUCUGUCAGAUUUGUCGUUUCGAUCACUUUUGCAGGUGAUUGGCGGCUUCACAAGUUUUAUUUUGCCGCUCACAGGUGGCGCGCGUCAGUCAGUUCAACAACGCAAAAUUGUACGAUUUAGAAAAGUGCCGAGUUUUUUUUUGUUGCUUUUUUAUCCCCGUGCAGGCUGCCUGAAGAAAAAAAGACAUGUACGAGCAGAUACUAAUAACUAUGUGAGACCUGCGUCUACAGCAGGCAACAUACGGACACAACCCAGCCGGAAUCGUAGGAAACGGCCAUCUUCAGAAAACGCAGGGUUUCAAAGCUGGUGGGUGCGCCAACCAGGGACCGCCGGAAAUAAGCAAGGCGUGCUUAAAGUAAUGGGGGGGGGAGAAAGGAUUGGAAAGAUGGGGCCAGAGCCGUUAUCGGCGUAGGCAACUUUGCAAGGUAAAGUAGAGAUGAUGAAAUUGAUAGGCUACGAUAUGUAGGGUCAAACAUUGUUAGCUCGCACAGGCGAUUUGUCGCCGUCUGGUUGCCAACAUGAUGCUAAUCGAAAUCGUCGAAUCCUUAUCACACCGUGGUCUAAUGUUCGUAGCACUCUACUGCUCAUCAAGUUAGGUACUAGUCAGGCGGAAUGUUGUCGUAGAUAACGGCUGCUUGCUACACCGGAUAACAUUUAGUCGAUGCAUUGCGUUACAACGUGUGCUUAUUUUUCUCAUGCAGUUUUAUACUUAAUAUGUAAACUAAUUCUAUAAGUGAGGCUGAAAGCACUCUUACACCAUUAUAGGCAGUGGCUGUAUAAUGACCAGUAUAUAUGUGGUGCCAAACGCUGAACGCGCAUUUACCGCACAGAGUUUAUUUUUCUGCCAGUCGAAAAAAAAAAGAAAGAAAACUAUGGAGUUUUUUUUUAUGUUGAUGACCCAACACUGUUUCAUGAAACAGCGAUCCGUUUGUACGUCGUUACGUACGGCAUUGUGAUUCAAUCCAAAUUAUUCAAACGAACUUGAACUGACGCAGCCAGGAAUGACGCGGCUUGGAAACCUCGAUCUGGCGUUGUGGCUUGAAAUAAUAUCAAUGAAAAAAACACGGUGCCGGCACUCGCGUAUUGGGCUUGUGUCGCCGUCUCCUUGAUGUCUGCUAUAACGGCUGCCCAGGCGCGGUGCCGUAAGAUCGAAUCACUAAAACCGGCUGUAUCGGUCUUUAUUUUUCUUCUGCUAAUUGAUACCACAUGCAGCUUCUCUUCCCCUCUUUGAAUCGCUAGGUGUUUGUGCCUGCUGUUACGCCUAGAUACGCCUCUCUCGUUUUAAGCUCAGUCAAAGGGUAGCACAUUCUCCACAGAAGUCAGAAACUUUGAUUAUAUUCUUGCGAAAGCGUAUUCUCAAAUCGCUAUUUCGCAUUGCCGUUUUAGUGAGCAUAUUGCGAUGGAAAGCUCGGGUGCCUGCCGCGACACCGUGUCAUUGAGGAAUUUCAGACAAGCAGGCGACGCAAAUUCAGCAAAGCCUUUGCUUGUGGUUCGCACUUUCUGCAACACUUGCAAGAGUCUGCUUCCUUUUUGCGAAUGUGUGCCAAAUGUGUCAUAAAACGUAUGUGUGCCGGCAUUCUCUGUACUUGCUCAAUAUCCCCCGACCUCGGGUGACAUAUCUUCUGCUCACUGAACUGGAAGAAAUUUGCCAUGACGGAGCAAGAAGUGCCGCUUUCUCCUUGGCUGCUAUCUGGAACAAAAAUUGAAGUAUGGCAUUGUCACAUUUAAACAGCGCAUGGACGGGUAAAGACCGCCAAACCUUGGCGUUUCUUUCAGUAUACUUGUGUUUCUUGUUUCUGUAAGAAAAGAUCGCUGCUCUAUGUUUUGAAAGAUGCUAAUAAAUGACACUGACUAUUUUGUUA